AUGUAUAAAUUCUUCGCUCUUUCUCUUCUUAUGACUCUUACCCCCUAUGUCCUGUCCGCACCUCUGGAUAAGGUCAUCGCCACCGUCCCUACCGGCGAGAUCAUCAGGAGCUGCACCACGCCGAACACCGUUGCCCUGACCUUCGACGACGGCCCAUCCGGCUACACCCCGCAGCUGCUCGACCUGCUGAGCGAGUACGGCGCCAAGGCCACCUUCUUCAUGAUCGGUGAGGGCAGCCAGGCAUACCCCGAUACCAUCCGGCGCAUGAGGCGCGAAGGCCACCAGGUCGGAUCACACACAUUGGACCAUGCCAGCCUCCCAUCCCUGAGCUAUGAGCAGAUCGUGCAACAGAUGACGCAGCUCGAGGGUAUUCUGCAGUCGGCUAUGGGUGAUAUUCCUACCUACAUGCGGCCGCCGUAUUUUGAGGUCAAUGAGCAGGUCCUUGCAGUUAUGAGCGAAUUGGGCUACAAGGUUGUCCAAUCUAGUAUCGAUACUAAGGAUUACGAGAAUAAUGAUCCCACGCGGAUCGACCGCAGCUACGAGAAAUUCGUUAAUGAGUUGAAUGCCGGUGGCACCAUUGUGCUGGCCCACGAUAUCCAUGAGCAGACGGUGGUGAAUCUCGCUCGGCGCAUGUUGGAAGAGAUCAAGGCGAGGGGGUUCAGGAUGACUACUGUCGGCGAAUGCUUGGGUGAGGCCGAAGCGCAGUGGUACCGCCAGGGUCGCUAG